AUGCGGUCCGUGGUCUAUUUCGUCAACUGGGCCAUCUAUGGUCGAAACUUCAACCCGCAGGACCUGCCUGCUGACAAAUUGACGCAUGUGCUUUAUGCAUUUGCCAACAUCCGCCCCGAGUCCGGGGAGGUGUUCCUGACCGACAGCUGGUCUGACGUCGAAAAACAUUACCCUAGCGACUCGUGGAAUGAUACCGGUCACAAUGUAUACGGCUGCAUGAAGCAGCUAUUCCUGCUAAAGAAGCAGCACCGCAAGCUCAAGGUUCUACUUUCCAUUGGCGGCUGGACCUACUCACCCAACUUUGCCCGGCCUGCGAGCUCCAAGGAGGGGCGGAACAGGUUUGCUGAAACAGCCACUCAGCUCGUUCUGGACUUAGGAUUGGAUGGAAUUGAUAUCGACUGGGAGUAUCCCCAAGAUGAUGGCCAGGCCCAGAACCUUGUCGACCUACUUCGCGCUUGCAGAGAGCAUUUGGAUCGAGCAGCUGGUCCGCACCGUCAUUUCUACUUGACGAUUGCUUGUCCUGCAGGACCAAGCAAUUUCAACAGACUCAAGAUCCGCGAUAUGGUCUCCCUAUUGGACUUCUGGAACCUGAUGGCCUACGACUAUGCAGGCAGUUGGGACACCACCGCUGCUCACCAGGCCAACAUUUGGCCAUCUAACUCCAACCCUAGCUCAACGCCCUUCUCCACUGUUGCCGCACUGGAUCACUACAUCACCGCUAAUGGUGUGCCGCCGGACAGAAUGGUCGUAGGCAUGCCGCUGUACGGACGCGCGUUCACCGAUACGGAUGGACCCGGCAGACCGUAUAAUGGUGUUGGCCCCGGCAGCUGGGAGAACGGAGUCUGGGACUACAAGGCCCUUCCGCAUCCAGGUGCAGGCGAAAACAUUGAUAUGCAGGUGGGUGCAUCAUGGAGCUAUGAUGGUGGCUCCCGCACUAUGGUCACGUACGACAACCCUCAGGUUUGCUCCCUGAAAGCAGAUUUUGCUCAACGACAGGGUCUCGGUGGAGGCAUGUGGUGGGAGAGUAGCGGUGACAAGGGAGGUAAGGAGGCAAAGGCAUCGGACGGCAGUCUGAUCGGUACCUUUGUCGAUGGUGUUGGAGGCCCGCAUGCGCUUGAUCAGACCGACAAUGCUCUAGAAUACCCCGAGAGCAGAUACGACAAUAUCCGCAACCAAAUGAACUGA